AUGCGUCAAGGCCUUAUUACUUUCAGUAAUAAUGGUGAAAAGGCUUUUCUCCUAGGAGAAUUCAGCGACUGGAAGAAGUGCCGAGAAAAACUUAAAAAACACUCCCAGUCUAAAUUUCACGCAGGGGCGACCGAGAAAGUUUUAUUAUCUGAUGAUUCGAGAAGAGAUAUUGGAGCGAUAUUGGUCAGUGAAUUGAAGAAAACCCAGGAAACUCGAAGAAGAAUGUUGCUAAAACAACUAAGUAGUAUAAGAGCAGAGGAUGUACCUGAUUUGUUGGAGUGGAUUUACAACGGAAGAUAUCUCAGUCACGACAUCAUAAACGAGUUGAUUAAUAUGAUGGGCAAUGCAGUCCUGAGAUCUAUAGUGGCAGACAUCCGUAAGGAAUCACAAUUAUUUAGCCUAAUUGCAGACGAGUCUAGCGACAUAAGCAACAAGGAACAACUAACAUGUGUUUUGCGCUGGAUAUCUAGAACCGACUUGUCCGUCCACGAAGAUUUCCUCGGAAAGUACGAGCUAGAGAAAACCGAUGCUGAAACAAUCACAACUUCGCUCAAGGACAUUUUGUUGCGAUGCAGUUUGACGAUAGACGACUGUCGAUGGCAAACAUAUGAUGGAGCAGCAAAUAUGGCUGGAGGCAGAAGUGGGGUUGCUGCCCGAAUAUCUUCUGAGAAUCCUCACGCCCUGUACAUUCAUUGCGGUAACCACAGUCUUGACUUGGCUUUGCGUGAUUGUGUAAAGGAGAGCUGGAUUAUCAGCGAUACGUUGAAAGAGGUGCAAGAGUUGGCCGUGCUUAUUCGAACAUCACCAACACGAAUGGCGCAAUACCAGCAUAAUGCCAAAGAGAUUGAAGAAAGUGGCACGCAAGUUGAGAAUCCGCAUUUGCUGUGUCCAACUCGAUGGACAGUAAGAACCAAAGCCAUCUCGGCUGUCUUGCACAAUUACGAGGCCCUCUACUCUGCAUUACUUAGCAUUGCCAAAGAAUCUUGCAAGUCCACCGUUCGUGACACUGCAUCAGGUAUGGCUAGUCGAUUGAAGAAGUUUUCCUCGUACUUUGGUUUAAGUUUUGCGCAGAAUAUCUUCAGCGUGUGUGAACAAGUAGCAACUACCUUACAGAAGCCUUCAAUAACGGCACAAGCAACUGUUACUUGCAUAAAUGCCUUGAAGACAAACUUGCAGCGUCAACGAGACAACUUCUCUUUGUUUUACGACCAAGUAGUUGAUUCAAGCAAGGCUAUCAACUUUGUAGGUGAUCCAACACAACCAAGACCGAAGAAAGUUCCGUGGCGGCUUCAACACGGAGAUGGAAAGCAACAUUAUUUCCAAACUGCGAAAGACGCCCACCGUGCCCAGUAUGUUGAGACAAUUGAUGCGUGCUUGGCUUCCCUACAGGAGCGCUUCCAUCAAAAAACAUAUUCUGUAUUGAUGAACAUCGAAACCGUGCUCAUUAAUGCAGCAAACGGGCGUAAGCUUGAGUUGAAUGAUGAAGUUGAACACCUUUUACGAAAAUGA